AUGGAUGUAAAGCAUACUGACAAGAGUGACUUAAAUUUAUUUAUGGGUAGAAUUGAAAUUGACCACUUUUGUUGUGGCCAUGUUCGUAUAUUGAGAAUUGAGUGCUUUGCAUGGAAAGCAUUCAGCAUAGUAAUACCAAAUCUGGAAACCUUAGGACAUGUUUGUGUAUGCGUGUGUAUCAAGGUUUUAAAUUGUAGCAGUGGUCGCUUUUAUGUUGAACCUUUUAAGUUUGUGAGUAUUGGUUUUUUGCAUGGGCUGAAUAUGCUAGCUAUAAAGAAAGCAUAUGACAGUACAUAUACCAAAGCCUGCACACCUUUGGAUGGAUCAAUUCCUGCCAUAAAACUAUCAACUUAUAGGCGUCGCUUAAAUGUUGGAAAGGAGGUAGCACAAAAUGAAAUUAACUUACAGAAAGUGACUUCAUUACGGAGAAACAUGGGGUCUGAGUUUUCUUGCAUGAUUAGAGAGGCUAAAAUCUUGGGGAUGGCUCUUGGCAUUUCUUGUUUGAAUGGUUUAGAUUCAGACAUAUUCCUUUUUGGUGCAAGGACAGCGUACAGGGAUAUCUGCCUUGGAGAUGGUGGAUUUGUUGUUUGUUAUGAGAUGACAGAUAUUGAAAGAAAACUUGGACUUGGGAGGGACUCAUUGAUUGCUCUCUCCUUGCUUCUUGGCAGUGACUAUUAUCAAGGAAUUCAUGGUCUGGGUCCAGAGGCGGCUUGUCAGAUAGUCAAAUCAAUUGGGGACAAACAUAUUCUUAAAAAAAUUGCUUCUGAAGGACUUGGAUGGGUGAAAAAGAGAAAAGGAGGCAAGAAUGAUUUAGGGCGGGGUGAUAACAUUUUACAAGUAAUUAAUGCUUAUAUGAAGCCAAAAUGUCACUCCGCAGAUUCAGAUAUUGUGCACAAGUAG